ACUCUUAUAAUAACCCCCUUCUUCUCUCUUCCUUUCCCACAAUCCAUAUUCAUCACAACUCCUUCACCAUUCAUCAAGACCCAAUUCUGAUACAUUCCUAAGACACCCUUUUACAAGAACAACGAAACAAAAGGAGUAGCAAAACAAUUGGGAACAACAUGGGUGAGAAUUUGAUGAUGGCAAGGUUUGUGUUAGCCAUCUCUGUUUUAUGCUCUGUUUUUCUAACAUCCUCUGCUCAAACAUGCAACUCACAAACCUUCACCAACAACAAGCAAUUCACAUCGUGUCGUGAUCUUCCUCACCUUACCUCGUACCUUCACUGGACGUUUGACCAAGCCACCGGAAAGCUUGACAUAGCUUUCCGCCACACCGGAAUCACCUCCACGGACAAGUGGGUCUCGUGGGCUAUCAAUCCGAGCAGUAAUCUGAAUUCAGCUAUGGUGGGAGCUCAGGCUCUGGUGGCGAUUCCGCAAUCCAGUGGUUCUCCGAAAGUCUACACUACCUCCAUCGCCAACUACGACCCCAAUAUGGCAGAGGGGAAUAUCAGUUACCCUCACACGGGGUUGUCGGCGACGUAUUCGAACAGUGAAUUGACGAUUUAUGCAACGCUCACUCUUCCUUCUGGAACAACCUCUUUGGUUCAUCUCUGGCAAGAUGGGGCUGUAUCUGGGUCUACCCUUCAGGCCCAUGCCCGGGGGACUGCGAAUCUCCAAGCCAAAGAGAGCUUGGAUCUUGCUUCUGGCACCACUCAAGCUGGAUCAAGUGGAAAUUCAGUCAGAAGAAGGAGAAAUGUUCAUGGAGUGCUGAAUACUGUGAGCUGGGGGAUCUUGAUGCCCUUGGGUGCUGUAAUUGCGAGGUACUUGAAGGUGUUCAAAUCUGCAGACCCUGCUUGGUUUUACCUUCAUGUUACUUGCCAAACUGCUGCAUACAUAGUUGGUGUUGCUGGAUGGGGAACUGGUCUUAAACUUGGUAGUGACUCAGCUGGAAUUGAGUAUUCAACCCACAGAGCACUUGGGAUCACCCUCUUUUGCCUUGGAACCCUUCAGGUAUUUGCUCUGCUUUUGAGGCCUAACAAGGAUCACAAGAUCAGAUUCUACUGGAACCUUUACCAUUGGGGGAUCGGAUACGCCACCAUAAUCAUCAGUAUUGUGAACAUCUUUAAAGGGUUUGAUGCAAUGGAGAAAUCUGUAGGGGAUCGCUACGAUGACUGGAAGAACGCCUAUAUCGGGAUUAUUGCAGCUUUGGGUGGCAUUGCUGUGCUUUUGGAAGUUUAUACAUGGAUCAUUGUGUUGAAGAGGAGGAAAUCAGAGAACAAGAUGGCACAUGGAGCAAAUGGGGUCAAUGGUUAUGGUUCUAGGCCACAGCAGGUGUAGGGUAAUUAAGAGGCUGUGGAUUUUGGCUUCUGAAUUCUAUAUACAUGAUGAAUUUUGAUGUUAGACCCUUUUGUAUAUCUGCUUCUUCCAUGUGUUGAGUGCAUUUAGGAUACUCCAGUUGCUUAGUUUUUUUUUUUUUUUGAGAUGAUUCUUUCUUAGGAUAGUGAAUUCCUAGGGUGUGGUUUUCUCCAUGCUGUUCCAGAUGAUAGAUAUUUUGUACCAUUUUCAUAUUUGUAUUUAUUUAUUUACUCUUUCCCAAUA